AUGAUUUCUGUGAUUGCCAGGAUGGCAGCGACGAGCCUGGAACUGCAGCCUGUGCUGGCCGGCCAGGUGCAGAUGAAAGGUGGUUCUACUGUCCAAAUGCCGCAGGGACUCCGAGAUACGUGUACAGCUCGCGAGUCGGAGAUGGAAUUUGCGAUUGCUGCGAUGGCUCUGAUGAAUGGCAGCAGCCACGACCUGUGCGAGGAGCAGGGCAGGGCGAGAAAGGCUCGCAUGGAGCAGAGGCGCGCUGAGAUGGAGCGCGGCAUCCAAAAGCGUCAGGACGCCUUGGCUUCUGCAGAGGCAGAGGUGAAGGAUUGGGCCGCCAAGGUGGCGGCUCUCGAAGCAGAGGAAGUGGAGCUGGAGAAGCGAUUGCAGGCCCUGCAGGAGAACAAACGGCAGAAGCGAGAAGCUGUGGUCAAAGAGGCGCAUGAGGCCGGCACGGAGGUGGCAUCUGACCUGGCCACAGACGACAAGAAGGUGUCGGAGUAUGCAAAAUGGAUGGAGAAAGGCGAGGAUGCUGCCUCUGCCGAGGGCACCGGGGCUAAAGCAGAGCAGGAAUGCAGCGAUAAAGUCUGCGUCUCCCGCAACACUGUGCCCCGAAGAGAGCUUCGCCAGAUCAAGGUUAAAAGUGGUGCUCUUGUCGACUUCGUUGAGUUUGUCUAUUCCUCCGGCGAGCCUCUCGUUGUCGGUGAGGGGAAGGGAGAUGAGCAGGAACCCUUUGACCUGGAGCCCGGUGAGGUGCUGGUUGAGCUCCGUGGCGGCCAGGGCGGGCUCUUGGACCGCCUGCAGUUUGUCACCAGCCGUGGCCGGGAGUCCAAAGCCUAUGGCGGCAGCGGUGGCGACGCCUUCAGCUUCAAGGCAAGCGAUGGCAAAAUGAUCGUCGGACUGAGCCGGAGCGUUGGCUUAGCUGGCAAGAUCACAGCCAUCGAGGAGUGCCUCUUCCGACCUCUGACUCCCGCCGAAAAGGAGUUGGAGGAGGCGUCGGCACUGGUGCAGGAAGCUCGGCGAGGUCUUUCUGCAAAGGCAGGCGAGAUCAAGGAGCUGAAGGACAAAAUCGAAGUGGCUGCUGGUGCACAUGCCGCAUACCAGAGCCUGAAUGCAUGUGGUACAGCCCAGCUGGGCCAGUACAGCUACAAGAUCUGUCCAUUUGGUGAUGCCACGCAGGGCCAUGUGCGAUUGGGCCGUUGGAAGGGCUGGGCGAGUGACAGCCCGCACGUGGGCCUCUUUGAAAACGGAGAGCGCUGCUUUUCUGGCAUUGUCCGCUCCUUGCGGGUGCAGUUUGAAUGUGGGGAAGGGCACGUUAUUGAGACGGUGAAAGAGCCGAGCCAAUGCGUCUACGAAGCGACCAUGACCCAUCCGGCCGCCUGUGAUCCCAAGGCCUUCGAGGUCAGCAACCGGGUCCUCCAGCCUCAUGAGGGGCAUGUUGAGCUGUGA